CAAAACGGUGUGGCGGCGAAGCGCCGAUGGGCGCGGCUGUCCGACUUGCAGGCGCUGAGGGAGUCUCCUCCUCCUCCUGUCUUUCCUCCUCCACCUCAUCCUCGGUCUGGACGACUUCAGCGCGUGACUCGUUUCUACCAGCAGCAGCAGCAGCUGCCCGAUCGCGCGCUAAAGUUGUCUGCAAGCGAACGAAGCGCAUUCAACGAGUGUGUCCACAACCGCCACAAGCUACGCCGCAGUCACCGUGUGUUGCUUCGCGAGUGAGUGCCAGUCGUUCGUUUUCUUCCCCCAGCCAUCUGGUACGUAUCAGAUGAGU